ACGCCCUCCCUGUGCUGAGUGGGACCGGGGCGGCCCCUCCGUUUCCCGGAGCGAAUCCAGGCCCUGGCAAGGCCGGCAGUUACACAACCACCGAGAACUUCCCAGGGUCACGGCUUCCCCUCAUUGACAUUCAGGACGAGGCUCUCCUGCUCCUGGCCCCGCGCAGAUCUGCUGGGCUUUUGUUCCCCCUGAGGAGUCGCUGCUGGAAGGCCCGGCAGGAUGACUGGGCAGCAGCGAGCCCCCCACCCGGAGACCGGCGCCACCAGCCCGGGGAGCGCCAUGACGCGGGAGGAGUCCUGCCGGGAGGAGCUCGGCUACGACCGGACGGCCACCCUGGAGCGCGGGAGGCCGGACGCAGAGGGCUACGCGGACACCAAGGCCGGCGACCUGCCGCUGUCGUCGAGGCUGCCCACCUGCUUCAGCCACAAGACGUGGGUCUUCUCUGUGCUGAUGGGGAGCUGCCUGCUGGUGACCUCGGGGUGCUCGCUGUACCUGGGGAAUGUGUUCCCCUCUGAGAUGGAUUACCUGCGCUGCGCUGCGGGCUCGUGCAUCCCCGCGGCCGUCGUGAGCCUCGCUGUUUCCCGGAGGAACGCCGACGUGGUCCCCAGCUUCCAGCUGCUGUUCGUCUCCACGUUCGCGGUCACCACGACGUGUCUGAUCUGGUUUGGAUGCAAACUGGUCCUGAACCCGUCAGCCAUCGACAUCAACUUCAACCUGAUCCUGCUGCUGCUGCUGGAGCUGCUCAUGGCGGCCACGGUCAUCGUCUCCGCGCGGGCCAGCGAGGCGUCCCGCCGGCAGGUGGGCGGCCGUGUGCAGGGCUCCAGCUCCGACAGCGCCAGCACGCUGCCCGGCGAGGCGUUCCCUGCGCGGGUCCUGAAAGCCUACUCCCUCUUCGCGCCCCACGCCCUGCCGGCCACGUCAGGGCCCACCUCCCCGGGGACGCUGCCUCCACUGUCGCCCACAGGUCAUCGAAGUGGUUGCUGGCGUCUCCGCCGUGCUGGGCGGGGUCAUCACUCUGAACGUGCACGAGGCCGUCUCGAGCCCGCACCUCGCGGUGACGUUCUUCUGGAUCCUCGUGGCCUGUUUCCCAGGCGCCAUUGCCAGUCACGUGACAGCAGAGUGUCCCAGCAGGUGCCUGGUGGAGGUGCUGAUCGCCAUCUGCAGCCUCACGGCACCGCUGCUCUUCACGGCCGCGGGCUACCUGACCUUCAGCGUGAGGCGUGUCCUGGAGGUGUUUGCCGACUACCCGCCAGCCCUCAAGCAAUCCUACGACGUGCUGCUGCUGCUGCUGCUGCUGGAGCUGGUGGUGCAGGCGAGCCUGCACACGGGCACCGUGGUCCAGUGCGCCCGCUUCACCGUGGCCCGCCCCCAGGAGCGCCCCGCGGAGGUGGCCAGGAGCCCCCCGAGGGAGUUCGACAAGGAGCGAGCCUGGAGAGCCGUGGUGGUGCAGAUGGCCCAGUGAGGCCCGGAGACCGGCGCAGGCCUCGUGACCUCGAGCUACUCCUCUAACCCCUUCCCGCUGAGGGCGGUCGGGCUGCCGAGGGUCUGUUCCCAAUGGGCAUAGGUUGACUGUUCCGUCUGAUUGGCGGGUCAGCUCUGUGCGGGGUGAGGGGGGCUCGUGUGGGGCUGGGCUCUGGCGCUGGUCUGCGCAGUUUCCUGGCCACCGUGCCUGCUGCCUGCUUCACUCCUCCCACACCUCACCUGGCUCCUACCCCGCUUUUUGUGGGUUUUUAAAAAAUAUAUUUUUACUGAUUUCAGAGAGGAAGGGAGGGAGCGAUAGAAACAUCCAUGAUGAGAAUCAUUGAUCAGCUGCCUCC